CUCACUUCGUAACCCUUGCUUUGUUUCACUCCGCAUCCCUUCCACUCAGAUACUUUGUGAGAAAUCUUCAUAUCCGACAAGACGGUUCGACGAUCUCGCACCGACGAGCCUGGAGAAAAUGCCAAAGAUUAGAACAAAUCGAGUCAAGUACCCAGAAGGGUGGGAGCUGAUUGAGCCGACACUUCGGGAGCUGGAUGCCAAGAUGAGAGAAGCUGAGACUGAUCCACAUGAUGGGAAGAGAAAGUGUGAAGGCUUGUGGCCAAUCUUCAAAAUCUCUCAUCAGAGGAGCCGGUAUUUGUAUGACCUUUACUACAGAAGGAAUGAAAUAUCUCAAGAGCUAUACGAGUUCUGCUUGGAUCAGGGAUAUGGGGACAGAAGCCUGAUUGCAAAGUGGAAAAAGUCAGGGUAUGAACGUCUUUGCUGCUUACGAUGCAUACAACCAAGAGACCACAACUUCGGGACAACUUGUGUCUGUCGUGUCCCCAAACACUUGCGAGAAGAGAAAGCCGUUGAAUGUGUUCACUGUGGAUGUCAAGGUUGCGCUAGCGGGGAUUGAUUCCCGAUCCAUCUACGCUUUACGAGAGAGGCACUUUGUUUUCUCUUAUGGAAUCCAUGACUUUUGUAUUGUAAUGCCUAACUAGAUCUCCUUGGGGCCAAGAUAUGGGCAGAAAAGAUUGGAACUUUUGGUUUAAAAAAACGUCUCGCUUAUGAUGUAUAGGGAGUGUAACUCGGUUCUGGUAACCGGUUCUGAAAUUGGUUUUUCGGUAAACCGAGAUCUCGGUAGACCGGAUGAGAUUGUUUGUUGUGAAGUCAAUUAUGUUACCCUAUUGCCGACUAAACUUUUGAAUCAA